AUAUAUAUGUGUGUGUGUAUGUGUGUCUGUGUGUGUGUGUAUGUGUGCGUGUGUGUGUGACAGGGUAAUGCACGCACUGACGGCAGCCUAUUGUUGUUGUUGUGAAGCGGGUCUUUGAUCAGCUGCAGACCGGAGGAUGAGCCGCGGAGCCGGGCCGGCGUUCCUGCACGGAUAGCGCCGAAAUCUACCGGCGGACUGACGAUAUUGACAUGAAGAAGGACAUAGAGACUUUAAUAGCAGAGGAACGAGCUGACAUCAUCCUGAAAUAUGCUGCGGGCCGACAGGGUGAGGUGGAGAUCGACCCCUGGGAGGAUGCAGACUACAGCAUCUAUAAAGUCAUCGACCGCUUUGGCUUCAUGCAUGAAGAAGAGCUGCCAGUCACAACUGCACAUGAAGAGAAGUUAAAGCAGCUGGAGGUGGAACGAGCAGAAAAAUGGCUGAAGAUGGUGAAGAAAUGGGACAAAUACAGGAACAGCGACAGGAUGGUGAAGCGGGUGUAUAAGGGCAUCCCCCUGCAGCUGAGAGGCCGAGCGUGGGCCCUGAUGUUGGAUGUGGAAAGGGCCAAGAAGGACAACGAGGGAAAAUACGAGAAAAUGAAGGAGCAGGCCAGACUCUACUCCUCUGAGAUCAAGCAGAUUGACCUGGACAUCAACAGGACUUUCAGAAAACACAUCAUGUUCAUGGAUCGCUUCGGGGUUAAACAACAGUCGCUCUUCCAUGUCCUCUCAGCGUAUUCUGUCUACAACACAGAGGUGAGUUACUGUCAGGGGAUGAGUCAGAUCGCUGCCCUGCUGCUCAUGUUCAUGAACGAGGAGGACGCCUUCUGGGCCCUGUCACAGCUGCUGACCAAUCAGAAACACGCCAUGCAUGGGUUUUUUGUUCCUGGGUUUCCCAAACUUCAGCGUUUUCAGACGCAUCAUGACCAGGUUAUUUCCAAACUCAUCCCCAAACUGAAGAAACAUCUGGAUAAAGAACAGAUGUCUGCAGGGAUUUACAGCACUAAAUGGUUCCUGCAGUGCUUCAUCGACAGGACGCCGUUCACGCUGACACUUCGACUGUGGGACAUUUUCAUCCUGGAGGGGGAGAGGCUGCUGACGGCCAUGUCCUACACCAUCCUCAAAGUUCACAAGAAGCGUCUGUUGAAGAUGUCUCUGGAGGAGCUCAGGGACUUCCUGCAGGAGAGGAUUGCUCAGACGUUCUUCUACAGUGAUGAUGUCAUCAUCGAGCAGCUUCAGGCUGCCAUGACUGAAUUGAAGAAGAUGAAGCUGGACCUUCCUCCUCCAGGGAAAUCAGAUGAGUUACCUCGGAGGCCUCUGGGUCAGGAGCCACCUGUUCUUCUAAGUCCUGUCCAGCCUCCCAGAGGGAGGCAGUCCUCAGCCAGCAGAGCUGGUCUGAGCCUCCACAUCACCCCCCACCAACCAGACUCCAUCUCCCCAGACCAGAGCCCCUCCAAGGACCCCAGAGAUCUAGACCCUGUGGAGGAGGAUGAACCCCCGCUGCCUUCCCCAGAUCCUGUCAUCAUCCAUAACCCGGUCCCACCCUCUCCUGAUGGCUCCCCUCUCACAGGUCCUCCACCGUACCAGCCUCCAGACAGCCAGUCAGGAGUCACAGAGGUCCCUGAAGACAGGAGGGAACAGGAGGGCCCUGAAGCAGCAGGUCCUACAGGACCAGAGUCUUCAGCUGACCCUCCUGCAGCCCCUUACUGCAGGGUCCCUCGGACCGUUUCAGCACCUGUAACACAGGUGGCCUGUCCCGGUCCUGGUCUGUCUCAAUCUGAGAGUCUGAUGGCAGCAGAGAGGGCCGAGGACCAGUACGUGGUUCAGCUGCUGAAUCAGGCCUCAGCUCUGUCCCCCAAGAGGAACCUGAACCAAGACACAAGUCCAGAUUCAGAGGAGACUCCACACACAGAGACGUCAUGAGACAACACAACAAUAGUCAGCUGAUGAGUCAGCUGAUCGCCUUCCACUUUAUUGGUGACAGUGAAAGGACCUCCAGGUUUACAACUAAAAAGGUUAUUUAAUUGUUGCUGUGAGUUUUUCUGUCUUUCAGAAGGAUUAUGUAAAAGGUUUGCAUGGUACAAACCUAAGGGUUAGAGAUGGGAGUCCUCUGGAACAUGCAGGACUUAGACUUUGACAGACAGACAGACAGACAGACAGACAGACGGCCUCAACAACUCUUUUUGAACUAAAUGAUGGAGCUAAAUCUAGUGAGUCCUGAUGUGUAGAGCAUAAACAAUAACUCUUGUCUUGUAAUGUUUCAGUGAUGGUGCAUUUGUUUGCACCUUGAAGUAAUUGAUAAUUCUCUUUCUGUGUAAAACGUUAGCAGGAAGGACACACAGCUGACAGACAGACUGGUGUUUAAAGGACAGGAGGCUCUGAGCCGAAAAACAAGCACAGGACUUUUUAGUUCAUGUAAAAACACCUCAAAGGUAUUGUUAAAUAAACCAGGUGGGUUCAGGUUAUUAUAAAAGUCAAGUAUGAUAUACUGUAUGUAUCAGUCAUAUUAUCAGUGCCAAGCAAUAAGUGUUAAAUCUAGAACCAGUAUCGACUUGUGUCUGAUGCAUUAGUGUGAUAUAUUAGGACGAAUUCAACAGUUUCAAUAGUUUAAUGUGUCAUUCAGUGGAUGAAUUUAGUAAGUUUAGAUCUUUUAUGAAGUAGCAGAUUUACCCGUUAAAAACCUGAUUAGUUGAUGUAAACAGAAAUCAGAGUGACAAACUCUACUACAGCAGGAAGACAUGAAACAUGAGGAGUUGGAGUUCUCAGAUAUCCAGAAGACAAACUGCAGUGAUGCCUCCAACUGGUGACUUUACAUAAGCCUCAGUGAGACGAUUUUCUGAAAAUGUUUGUCAGCUUUAAACAGAUCAAACAGCUUUGAAACAGAUCUGUGAGGCUUCUUUCACUCCUUCAAUACCAGAAUCACUUUUGUAGUUUUGUAUAGUCGUUGGCUCAGUCAGCUUUUGUAAAAUGUUUGCUAGCAGAGUUCCAGUUUUAUUUUUUGUACUACGUCUUGAUGCCUUACGUGGAUCGGCUUCGGUUCUUCAUGUUUGCAAGUUAAGGUCAGUGAAUCUGACUGUGCAGAAGCAGAAGAACAGGACAUGGUGAGCUGGCUCACUGCUGAUUGUACACUCUGUUCAUCUUCUUUUCGUGUGUUUUAUAGCUCAGUAAUUUAUUGUUUCUCCUCUUACAGAGAUGUUCAGGUCAUGAAUCGCUCUUUGUGCUUUAAUAUUUAACCUCAGAGAAGGAUGAGAUGUAGAAGUAUUAGAUAUGAGCAGUGGUUGGAAAACACUUUCUUCAGCUCUGCGGUUAGACAUAGUGGAAUGCUGACAUCUAGUGGUCGGAUUAGUGAAAGCAUGUCUGUGUUUAGAUCCAGGAAAGAGACGUGAUUUGAAACUUUUCAAUGAAUUCAUACAACAAAGAAUCAGAAGCAUUGAGUUCCAUUUAACCUGAAAUCUGUGGAUAUUUUCAGACAUUUGACUGUAGUUUAAUUCUAAAACUCUUAAAGUAUUAUUUACACGUGUUGAAUGAUUGUAUCUCCGACUUUAAUAGUUAAUUAAAUAGUUAACAGAAAAUGACCUAUUCACAGUUUUGAUAGUUAGUAAAUCAUUUAAAUAAAUAAUGAGGAAAAUG